AAAGAAAAAAACAUUUGCAGUCACAUCCGCUCGCCUGGCAUCCGAGGAACCCUUAAAAUCAGCGGUUAUUAAUGCUCCGUCACAUUUUUCGUCGCAAAUAUCUCGAAUCCUUUUUUAAAAAAUUCAAACUCUUAAAAUAAAACUUGAAAAUUAUUCGCGAUGGUAGAAAGAUUUCGGAGGAAUUGACAUCGCAAAUUUUACUUUGAUUUAUUUCAAACGCAUUCUCCAGUGGAAAUAUAUAGAGUGAACGUCGUAAACGUCGGUGACACGUAUAAAAUAUGCACAGUUACCACGAAGAGUACACGUAUGCGCGUGCUCUGCGCGUAUACCGCAUCAAGAAUACGACUCACUUACAAAUGAUAUUUAAGUACUUCCGGCAGAUUCUACUAUCGACUGUAAUACCUGCUAUAUCCGCACGAAUACAAAACGUCGACAUGGCAAGGCGGAUUGCCAAACCCUCAUCAUCGAGGACCAGAGUUAUCUAUCCGCUAACGGAUACGGGAAAUAAUUUUACUCAACAAUGUGCUCGUUCGAGUGGACCGUAGAAAUUCCUAGCGUAGCAUGACGACACACAGACGGAAUAAAAUGAGGCACAGCAGUUCUUGGCCCGAUCGAGCGCCACAGAAAGUGAAGGUGCGCGUCGAUCCUUUAUCUCGUGCCUUUACCAUCAUCCCAACGAGCCGCGAAACGAUAUAUCGAUUGGAACAAACUGCACCGCGAUCUAAUUGCCUGGAAGAAGUCAUCCUCUUAGAUCGAUGUGCCCCAGGAGGAGUCGCGUCCGUGAUGAUAAAACGAAGAUUAAUCGACGGAAGGCCGUCUAUAAAUAAGAAACCCGCAAAUUUCUCGGAGAAUUCAUCCGACGUGAAUAAUGAGACGAAGAGUGUAAAGAAUACCGGCCGAUAUUUCAUACCGCGUAGUCUUUCUUUAAUCGAGACAACUACAACUCAUCAAAACUCGGUCAUCGUGUUAGAGGAGAACAUCGUCCGAGAUCGAUCAAGAUGUAAGUCAGACUCGCUCGUAAAGAUUAAUGACGCAAAGACACGAGAUAUGAAAAGAGACUCCAUCUUAAGAACCACAUCGGAUACAGAUUUUUCAAAGUUGCUUUCGAAAAAUUUACACGUCGAGGAAGAGCUCAAAGAUACAGGCGCGCAACUGAAAAAGAAAUCAUUCACGGAAACGAACGCCUUUGAUGUCAUAGUAAACAUAGCGAAUGAGAGACAGCAUACAGUCAGCAUCGCGCAGACAAAUAAUUCACAAACGGGAGAAACGGAUGAGGUGAGGGAGAAAUAUCAAACUACCGUUUCGCCCACGUCUUCCGCGAGACACGCAUCAUCGCCGCCGCACAUCAAGGUGGUGGACUACGACGAUUACGUGACGUCCGUGUCAUUCUCGAAGAACGAUCUUCAUGCCUGUCCAAAAUGCACGUCCGAGGGUGUUCUUCGCUCGCAGAUCGAUCCCUUUCGUUUCCCCUCGCAGAGCAAGAAAAACGACGAUCCGACGAUGAUGAACGCACGCGGUGUUCGACGCGAUAAUCUGACCGGACGCGAAAAAACGGAAGCGCGCUCUGAGAAGAAUCAAAGCAAAGAUAUUUGGAUUGGGAACCGCCUAAUCGGAGAGGCAAGAAACGUGGAUGGCAAAAAAUUGGAGCAACAAGGAAGAAACAACGAUUUGUCGCCGAUGCGACCGGCAACGGACUUCAAAAAGGAGGCUACUUUGAGGCGACAUUAUUAUCCCGAGGGAGGUUGGGGAUACGUCAUUGUCACGUGUUCGGUACUAGUGCAUUUCAUCGGAGUAGGUCUGCAACUUGCCGCGCCCGGAUGCUGGCACAUCACGGCUGAAUUGAAAUUUCGACAUCCCCCGCUGCAUAGUGCAGGAUGGCUGGGGGCAAUGUCGACGGGUGUCGCUCUGCUCGUGUCGCCGGUUACGAUAGCGUUUUGCCGAAGAAAAAGUACGAGAGUAACGGCAGUUUUGGGCGGCCUCGUUACCGCCCUCGGCUGCCUCUUCACUUCUUUUGCCUCGCAAUUUCAUCAAUUGUUCUUCAGCUAUGGCACCGUGGUCGGAAUUGGGGUUGGAAUGACGCGAGACUGCAGUACGCUGAUGGUAGCUCAGUAUUUCAAGAGGAAAAGAGAAUUGGUCGAAAUUUUUAUUGUCUCCGGAAGCGGCUUGGGUAUAGCAAUCAUGUCUGCUUUUAUAAAAGGGGCAAUCACUAAAAUCGGAUGGCGACUCGGUCUUCAAGCUGUCACGGGGGUGGUCUUUAUCACAUUUAUUCUCGGCACUUUCUAUCGUAGCGCUUCACUAUAUCACCCUCAACGAAGAGCAAUCUUACACUUAAAGAAUCAAAAGCGCAAGAUAAAGGACAAGAAUAAAGCCGCCGAGAAACCAGCGUUUUUCGAUUUUAGCACUUUGAAAAGUAAAACAGUGCAGAUUCUCUUGGUAUCUACCGGUAUUUCGGCGUUCGGAAUCAAUACACCUAUAUUUUAUCUGGCGCAUCAAGUCGAAGAGGAAGGUCUCGGUGAUACUGUUGUCCUGCUGCAAGCUUAUCUCGGGCUAGCUUGGACUCUUGGCUGCGUAGCCUUCGGGCUUUUGGUCGUUCAUCGCAGCGUCGAAUGCAGGAUAGCCCGCCAGUAUCUUACGCAAGCAGCCGUUUUUGUGUGCGGACUCUGCAUUCUCGCUCUUACCGCCGUUCAAGGAAAUUAUCACGGAUAUGUUAUGUUCGCGUGGAUUUAUGGCAUUUUCUGUGGCGGCUAUCAUUACAGCCUAAAGAUGUAUACGUAUGAAAGAGUGAGAGCGCGGAACUUUGCCAGAACGUGGGGUUUCGUCCAAUGCUCCCAAGCGAUACCAAUUGCAAUCGGAGUACCAAUAUCGGGAUACAUAAAUGUCGGUUGCGGCGGUAAAGCUGGCUACUACUUCAGCUCGACGUGUGUUCUGGUCGGCAGUUUUACGCUCUUCUUCAUCGAUUUGCAUAGAAGAAAUUUAUCGAGACACAAACACACCAGAGCUAAUGGUACAAAACACACAUGUUCCUCAGAUAACUGUCCUCAACGACGAAGAUUGUCGUUCAAUCAGGAACACAAGAAUGAGGGACCUCAUGUAGCCGCUGCUGGAGCGGCCGGAGCAACGGCUGCGGCACUCGUUUUGGGGACCGACAUUGUUCCAGCACAAGGGAAUGCGAGAGCUUCCGUUUGUCAAUGA